CAUUCACACCUGCAGCUUCUCUACAGCAGCUUCGUCAACGAUUUCGUGCUGCUGCAUCAUGACCUCCGCUCCCGAGUCGAAGUGUCUUCUGAAGGGCUUCAGCGACGUUCUCGACGGCCGUCCCAUCCAGUUCGUAGGUCAGCUGCCAGCGGGUUUGCUGGUCUGUUCGCUGUGCUCCGUGGUGCCGUUGGAGCACUGUACGCUGAGCUGCAAGCACGUUUAUUGCGGUCCAUGCUUUCUUCAAAUUGUGAUGAAGACUUCUACCGCCUUCUGGUGCCCCGUGGACAGGAAGCUUCUGCGUCCGCGUAAAGCUGUGCCGAUGGCCACCACCAGUUCGGACGUGCUGCGCACAUUGGUAGCAUGCUGUUGUAACAGGGACUACGGAUGCAGCUACACCGGCACCCUGGAAGACAUGCAGGCUCACGUCCGAGACUGCUACGAGGUGACAUGCGGCCUCUGCUCCAGAAGACUGCCGCGGUCGCUGCUCGUCAGUCACGUGGAGGCCGCCCAUCCGGCAACCGCUAAGACUUCCUCUGCGAAGUCGAAACGGCGCAAAGAAACUGCGAAACCUUCGACUGACGUCCCCUCCGGCUCCUUGGUCGAGGAUGGAGACGGAAAGGUGCAACCUGUAAGUACCGUGAAUAUUGAGGAACCAGUGGCAACGCAAGCUGCGGCGACUGUCACUCAGCUCUCGCACGAACACAUCCAAGAGCUAAUCGAAGCCACGGCAUCGAGGGCCGCCUCCGAAGCGGUGGAAAAAGUCAACCAAUUGAACGGGACCGUGUUCCGCGAUAUUCUCGGCGCAGUUAAUCUCAUCUACGAGCGCCUGACGGCAGUCACCGCAUCGUCGAGCGUCGAAGAUGCCACGGCAGCGCCUGCAGUUAUCGAGCAUCGGCCGAAAGAAAAGCAUCUCGAGGAGUUGACGUGGACGGUAUGCCGGUACUCCAAGCUUCGCGUCGGCAUACACUACGUCGAGAGCCCGCUGUUCCUCAUCGCGCCAGGUCACAGGGUGCAGUUCACCGUCUGUAUCGACGGCAUCACCGUGGUGGAACUGAGUGUGUCGGUCACGGUCCACCGUGGGGACGAUGAUGGCCAACCGAGUGGGCAGCCGUUCCAGAGGACGUGUCUGUUCACGCUCCUCGACAAAUCCGGGAACGAUGCGCACUUGACCAGCCUGUUCACUCCGAAGGACCUUUUUGACAAUGAUGUUGCUGUUUCGCCCUCGACCGAUGACGCUCUUCUAGCCUCGGGUUGGUUGACUAUUAGUAAGGUGAACAGGACCAUCUUUGAACGCGACUACAUUGAGGAUGACGGAUUUACAAUACUCUUCAGUGCUAAGCCCUAGCUCGCUCUAGUGAACAUUAUAAAUGGUUGACACGU